AUGGAUUUCCCUCCAGGACGUCGAAAAGUGAACAUUUAUGGCAAAGGAGCCAGGAAAGUUCACGUCCACGACCUUUUUGACGUCGCUGCGCCAUCACCGGUCGAUGCGACAACAACGACAUUUACCUCUCAUGUCCCAGCCCUUCCUCGACCCGGUCAAGCCACCAACACAUCUCAUAUUGAACUUGAAAAUGAAGUGAGAGGUGCAGCGAAACAACAGUCUCAUGGGAGAAAGGGGGAUCCUUCGACUGCUACCAGUCCAUGGCCUCUGACAGCAACCCACUCGACCAUGUUUGACCUACACUCCUCUGAGGAGGAACCGGCCAGUCUCAGACCAAAGCCCCCUCUAAAGAAGAGAAAGAUAGCAUCUGCCAAAUCAAAGCAAACGGAGAAUGCUGUGAAGGUGGAUAAACCACCCAAGGGCGUUAUGACAAAGAUGAACGGAUUGCGUGCGAUGAAUGAAAGUGGCAAAGAGAAGCUGCAGUCCAAGUCUACGAAUGUGAACUUCACCCUCGAACGUUCCGACUCAGCCAAUGCCGCUCCUAGGAUGAAACGACCAUUUAGGGGAGUCACUACUAGCAGAUCAAUUUCUCCUGGCGACUUGGUCCGUCCAAGAGCGCCUCGCUCAAAACAGCCUCAACUCUCUAUUGUCUCUUCUCCAGAAUCUUCAGAUUCAUCCAGCAGAUCGCGACCGUCCCAGCGGAGUAGUCCAAAGAGAAAAAGGCGUGUUUCAGACGAGAGUCUCCUGGCCUCGCCCACCCUUAGCGAGGUUCAUUUGACUGCUUUGCGUUUGACGCCCGAUUCAAGCUCGCAAAGGUCACACGUCUCAUCCGAUGACGAGGACAUUGGAGAUGCUCCCACCAAGCCUGCUGAGAAAAGCCGAAAAAGGUUGGUUGAUCGACUGGACGCUCCACGCACUCAAACCAGGGACAUUAUCUCGCGGACUGCAUCAUUAAACGCAAGAGAAAGACAGGAGCAACAUUCAAGUCAAACUAAAGGUGGUGCGGCACCACCUGGAAGGAUUUCAGCGAGUCGUCCGACCAAGGAUGUCCCUCAUCUGGAAAAGCAACUAUCAGAUGUAUCCGUUGCCGCUUCUUCAGGACGUCCACGGCCCACUUACGCUAAGCAAAGGACUUACUUGAGCGAAAUGGUUGACAGUUUGGAGAGUUAUCCGGCACCGAAUAGUCAAACGUCUUCCCAAGAAAUCCAUUCGCAGGCCGUGUCUUUCACUAGUGUGGCCUCACGGAUGGAGCUAGACACCGGUGACAGCGAUGAAACUGAUGCUUUCAGUCAGAUUAAAAGCAUCCACGAAUUGAGGCGUGGAGGUGCGCUCAGAAAGUUCGACUUGGAUUUAGACACCAUCUUGGAAGAUGUUGAAUCAGGAUCCAAGUCACGGCGCAUUUCAGGACUCCUACAGCUUAUUCCGAAGUUGAACGAACUCUCUUCCCUGCGUCACUUUCAAGAUUCUAGUAACCUCCAGCGCCUUCUGGAUUGUGCGAACGGAUCCUUGGACGAGGUCAGCGGCACGUUGGUGGCCCUAGUCCUUCACUGCGUAGUACUGGCUGAAAGCUCAUCACCGAGGGUCGUGCUACAGAUAUUGAACACCCUUUACAAGUUAUCUCCCCGUCUGGUCUCGGAACCCAAAUCACUAACCAAACUUGCAAAAGACCGAAGUCAGAAUCUCUCCAAGGUUCUUGUCAAAGAGAUAUCGGAGUUCGAGGAGAAAAGGUCGAGACUUUUGGGCCAACCGUGUAUGGCUGUCAACAAGACCAUACUUGGUUCCGUGGAAGCUGCUCUACGCAAUCUCAUCAAUCUCAAGGAACCAUUCCCCGCGCUUCCACGAGUUCUCCUUGACGAGAUUCUCUCGACCUUUGCGACGACGCUGGAUAUGAUUGAAGGAGGAGGGAUGGCUAAACAGUUGGAGACGAUCCGACUCUUGCUGUCUUUAUUGGAGAUUGCCUGGGCAACAAACCACGGGGCGGCCGGGUCUAGCUUGUCGACUGUCUGUGUCGCCGAGCUAGGUGAAAGCGUGGCACGUGUCAUGAAGGAGGCUCAUCAGUCCCAACCACAACUUGAGCAAUCGUGCCUCAGGCUCAUCGUGAGCUUGAGUAACAAUGACGCAGCAGCUUGUGACGCUCUGGUUGAUGGACGCCUCAUCGACACUGUUUUCCAGGUCAUUGAUGAGCGCUUUCUGAAGCUAGCGAGGCAUGCGGAGCAAAAGCAAGAGUUUGACCAUGCACAGCUUGAAUCUGUGAUUCUGGCUGUUGGGUGCCUUCUCAACUUUGCGGAAUGUGCGGACGCCGCCAGGGUACGGAUGUUGGGAUUGAUGGCAGAUGGAAAGAACAUGGUGGACCGGCUGGUAGACAUAUUUAACACCCAUGUUGACCAGGCCUCCGAGGCGAUGACCAUUGACCAGACCCAAAUCCUCGUCGCCUUUGGAUACAUCUCAGCGCUGCUGUGCACACUGUGCCUGAACCCAACUGCGAGCCAUCGAAUAGCACAAUCCACUAACGGGAAGGGGCUUUCGCCAUUGUUUGGGGCUGCGGACACGUUUCUUGAUCACCUACAGACGGUGGAGGCGGCACUUGGCAAAGAAGACUGCUCGCCAACGGGGUUUACAGAGCGGUUUACUACGGUGCUCGAGACAGUGAAGCAGCAAGCCGGAUGA